AUGGUAAGGACAGAGAAGUUCCUGGAGGUGAUCAACGCAGCCAACACUUCCCUGCCGGAGCUGCGGAAACUGUCUUGGUCUGGCAUUCCCUCACAACACAUUGACAUCCCACGCAUGUCUCCCCUGAUUCCGUUGUUCCAACAAACAAUCGUACAAGAAAUGUUUGAGCGCAUUCUGUACAUCUGGGCCAUCCGUCACCCUGCCUCAGGUUACGUGCAGGGGAUCAACAACCUUGUCACACCCUUCUUCAUCGUCUUCCUUCAUGAGGUGGUUCCUAAAGAGGAGAGCCUGGACACAUACGAGGUGGAGAAGAUUGAAGCGGAGCAGCGGGCGGUGGUGGAGGCAGACAGCUUCUGGUGUAUGUCAAAGCUGCUGGAUGGAAUACAAGACAACUACACUUUUGCACAGCCAGGCAUUCAAAGCAAAGUGCAACAGCUCGGCGAACUUAUGAAGAGUAUAGUGUUCAAUCUCCACCAGCACUUGGCCAGACAUGAGAUAGACUACCUUCAAUUUUCCUUCCGAUGGUUCAACAACUUGCUAAUGAGGGAGAUGCCCCUAGGCUGCACCGUCAGGCUCUGGGACACACUGCACGCUGAACCUGACGGCUUCUCCCACUUCGUGCUCUAUGUGUGUGCUGCGUUCCUCACCUACUUCUCCCAGCACCUCAUGAACCAGAGGGAUUUCCAGGGCUUAAUGCUGCUGCUUCAGAAUCUGCCAACAUCCUCUUGGUCAGACACGGAGAUCAGUCUGCUGGUGGCCGAGGCAUUCAGGUUGAAGUACACAUUUGCUGAUGCGCCAAACCACCUCCAGACACCUCAGAAGUGA